GUUGCUCCCUUGUUGCCGCGUUGAAUUCACUGUGCUGCGCACACGUAGACAGACACACAGAUACGGACACACACAGCGCGCACAAGAGAUCGCGUGGUGUGUCCAGGAAUGCGCACGAGCCGGAACGAAGAAUGGCCAACAACUGACUCGCAAUUUGCGUGCGUUUGUGUGACGCGGAGGGCGGUCCUACGGGCACAUGGUUAGUCCUUAAUGAUCAUUACCACGCCAGUGAUCAGCGAGAGAGCAGGGACGGAGCGCGUGCGAUCAAGACCGGAAUAUCACGUACGCACCUGCGUAUAGAUACAUACGUAGAUAGAUAGAUACAUGCGCCAAGGAAAACACGUCGCGCUUCGUGUGUUCGUCACCGAACGUUGUUAGAAUCAUCGUUGCCCGGAGAAACAGCGCACGCGCGCUCUCUCCUUCUACCAGCAUGUCUGAGUGGAUCCACUGAGUUCAUCGGUGAACUGCCAGUAUUAUACGUAGGAUUGACGCGUGUGCAUGCAUCCCUCUGCUUCGGAAUCAUAUAGUGGCGUAAAGCAACGCGUGCGUGCGUGCGUGCUUAUGUGCGUGCGUGUGUGGUGCGUGCGUGCGUGCGUGGUGUGAGGCCUUCACAGGUGUUGCUGGCCUGUGUCGACAGCUACGUGUGAUGGGCGGUUGUAGCCGCUAGUGUGUGUCUACACCGAGUGACCUGCAGUUAUAGCUGUGCCAUGGACGCGGUAUAAUACAGAGGCUAUAUACAUAGGUGUGCCUAUGUGCGUGCGUAUGAGUAUGUGUACCUGCCCUGAGAAGGGAGAGGCAUAGCCGAGUUGAGCUACACGUUGAGUUGUCUAGAUACAUCUCCACGCUGUGAGUACUAGGCGAGUUGCUGUUGCUGUACAAGUGCACAGAGAGGAUUGGUUCAAGGAUCAAGGAUUUUGGAGAGGAUUUAUCUCUGCCCUCUCUCGCUUCCUCCCUCAUCGGUCUCUUCCCCCUCCCUACCCCCUCUCUUUCCAUUCUCUAUAUCUGUCUGCUUCUUCUUGUCUCUCUCCACCUCCCUCUCUCUCUGCUUUUCACCUCUCGUUUCUCCUGUCCACUUUCCAUUUUUCUUUUACCCUCUCUUUCUUUCGCUCUCCUCCCCUGCACACUCUUUACCUUUGUUUUUUUCCUCUCCCCCUCUCUGUAUCUACCCUUCUCUUUCUCUCCCCCGCUCCCUCUCUCCCCAUCUCUCUCUAUCUUGCUCUCUCUCUCUCUUCCCCCUUCUUUUCCUCCCUCUCUCUCCCUCACUCUCUCUGCACCGUCUCUUUUCCUACCCUUCCCUUCUCUGUCAGCGAUGGUUGGCGCACACUGCAACUCUCACUCAUGAUGCGUCACCGACCCACCUCCACCCGCAGGAGGCCGGGCGAGAACGGACACGGAGGAGGAGGUCACGGAGCAAGAAGCCAUACGCUCGGCAGGGGCGGCGGGUGGCGGGAGGAUGAGUCCGGGGAGGAUGAGGAGAAGGAAGAGGAGUGUGGGUUCCAUCCGCACACGCUGUGGGUGUUGACGGCGUUGACACUAGCGCUACGGCUCAAUGUUGUCCGGCAGAAGCAGAACUGGUGGAUCCUUCACCCGGACGAGGUGUUCCAGUCUGUAGAAGUAGCCCACACGGAGGCGUAUGGCUACGGCUUCCGACCUUACGAAUACCUGGACGCUCCGGCAGUUAACGGCAGCGCCGCCGAGCGGCAGAGAGCCGCACUAGGCAUGUACAGCAUGCGCAGUUUCCUGCAUCCGCACAUCUACGCGCUCCUGUUCACCGCCACCAGGUGGCUCUGCUUCGACGCAAACCCAUUCCAGGUUAGCAAGCUGUUUCACACGACCGUCGCCGCCUCGCUUCCCGUCGCCGUGCAUCGCUUCACGAAAUCCGCACUCCGCUCGACAGAUGUCGCCACCGUCGCGGCGGCUGCUGUCGCCUUCUCGCCACAGUUGAUGGUGCUCGGCACGCACGCGUUCGUCAACAGUCUGCUAUCUCCCGUCGUCUUCUUCCUUCUCGCGGUCCUGUUCGAAAAACUACGUGCGACCUGUGAUGAAUACGAUUUCGAAUCCUGCCAAGAACUGGACAGUGGUCAGAGACAGUUUGUGGGACAUCGUGUUGGUGAUGGUAGUGGCAGAACGGCUGAUGAUGGCAGGAUAGCAGCUGCUGCAGUCGACAAGAAUCAAAAUUCCACGAUCAAAACGCACGUCGGCGGCGCGCGGCAGGGAAGACUCGCGCGCCACCUGGCGGUGUUCGCGUGCGGCGCUGCGCUCGGCGUCGUCUGCUACGUGCGGCUGGACGUCGCCGCGCUGUUGGCCGUCAGUGUCGCCCUCUACUGGCUGCCGCGGCUGCGCACGCUGCUACCCUGCUUUGCGACGCUCGCGGUCGGCUUUGCCGUCGGAUUUCUCGUCGGCUGUGGCGACGACUACGUCCGUUACGGCGUGUUCGGAGUGUCGCCGCGGCAGUGGUUUGCGUUCAACGUGCGCGAGGGACACGCUGCACGGCUGUUCGGCUGGCAGGGCGCCGGGAAAUACCUCGAGGACGUGUUCCUGGAGAACGCGGUGGUGGCCGCCAUGUUUGCGUCUCCUGCGCUGACGCUGCUGUGCCGCACUCAGGCCAGGCGGAGCCACCUGUUGAUGUGGGCGACGGCGCUGCUGCUGCUGGCGCUGUACUCGGCGCAGCGACACAAGGAACCGCGAUUCGUGCACAACGUCAUCGUGUUGCAGACGAUCGCCGCCAGCGCCGCGCUGGUGGCGGUCGUCAGGGCGACGCUCGGCCGACGUCGGCGCAGUGGCGCCCUCUACGCGCUGAUGGCGGCGUUUGUCGUCAACGGCUGCUGCCACCUGCCGGACUCGCGCAGUCCGUACAACGGGAAGUGGAGCUACGCUAGCGCCACCACGUCGCAGGAUGUGAACGAGUGUUUGUUUUACGUCGGUCAACAGCCAGACGUGACGGGCGUGGUAGUCGAUUACACAAUACACCUGACAGGCGGCUAUACCCUGCUGCACCGUGACGUCCCGCUGAUCGCGCGCACACACUACGAGUACCGUGAGUGGAGCGCGGCCGCCAGGGUACGCACGCCCUCUCGCGGCUACCUGCGCGACGCCACCGUCGCCGUCGCCACCAUCGACGACAUCGCCGACUUCGUGAGCGUCGAGAACGCGCCGCUGCUGCUGCGACGCGUCGCCAGCCGACCGGAAUAUAACUACGCCGUCGUCAGGGGCGACGGUUCGCGUCUGCUACCCGUUGGUUUCGCGCGUGCGCACACCGCACGUCGCUACUCCGUGCUGCGUCGGCAGGGCGGACGCGCCGAGCGGGCGCUGCUCCACCUAGCGGAGGGAAUCCCCGUCGGCAGCAACGCGACGGUGUUGGAGUACGAAGCGAGUUGGUUGAUGACGUUCGGGCAUCAUCGGCAAGCGAUCGUGCGUCUCCGGCACGCCAUCGCGCUAGGCAGCACGCGCCGCCGUCCUUACCAGCUUCUCUACACCGCAUACACGGGUCUGGGAGCAGCGAGCGACGCGCGCGCCGCCAUGCGGGAGUGUGCUGCAGCGCACGGGGAGCAGGUGUGCAGGACACCGCAGGCGAAAGUUGUGCUGCACCAGGAAUACAAUCUCGACCUCUAGAGGGAGCUACGUGAUACCGUACCGCAAAGCCGUACUGCAGCUGAGAACAAUAUACAUGUAUACAUAUAUAUAUAUAUAUAUAUAGAUAUAUAUAUAUAUAUAUAUAUAUAUAUAUGUGUGUGUCUGUGUGUUAAUGUAUAUAUUGUCCUCAACUGUGCCGGAUCGUGGGUAGAACUUCUACGACUCAGCAGGAAACCAUAGCAAACCACGCGUACUAUAGAUAUCCUAUAGUGUCCUGUACAUGAUAGCAGGAUAUAUCUACAGGCGCACCCUCGCCUCAUAGAUGGCGUUGUAGGAUAGAUACCAUAAGGCAAAGCUAUGCCAAACUAAGUGUCCAACCUCGCUGGCUUGUUUUCCUUGUGACGGAUCAUGAGUUAGCAGAUGAAUGACCACCUUUAGAACAUCUUCAUAGAGAUACUUUGCAAGGAAAAAUUAGCACGUUAAUACAUAAUAUAUAAUUUGCCGCUGCCAAAUGCUAUGGGUGUCGCGCUGUGGGAAAUCAAAAUUAACCUAGGUGGCUCUGGUGACGAUACAGGCUAAACUCUGUUGUAUCAUAAAUGUAUUGAUCUAUAAGGGCGUCCUAGUCAAAGACUGAUGGACUUUGCGAUGUGUGUGUGAUAUAUACAGGUCCGUGUGCGUGCGUGUAGUACGUAAGUGCAUACUACAGCAGCAAUGAACUAAUGAUUUAUGAAGUGCCUAUACUGUUGAAAAUCGUGCCAUAUGUUUGUCAGCAAUGCGUCUUGGAGUGAUUUUAUAAUUAAUUUUUUUUUAUAGCAAAUCGAA